GACAUUGGGAAUAAACUUCCUGGGUUGGCCGGCGCCGCCAGAGCAACCAGGAAGCGAUGGGCUUGGCCGGGCGCGCGCGGAGCCGGUUCUAGCUGAUGUCCUGGCUUCCUUGUUAUGAUGCCGUCACGCACCAACCUCACUGCUGGGAUUCCCAGCAGCAAAGUCAAGUAUUCCAAGCUCUCCAGCACCGACGAUGGAUAUAUUGACCUGCAGUUCAAGAAGACCCCACCAAAAAUCCCCUAUAAGGCAAUUGCGCUGGCCAUCGUGCUCUUCAUGAUUGGGACCUUCCUCAUCAUCAUAGGAGCCCUCCUCUUGGCUGGCUACAUUAGCAAAGGGGGAACAGACCGUGCAAUCCCUGUGCUCAUCAUCGGCAUCCUCGUCUUCCUCCCUGGCUUCUACCACCUGCGCAUCGCGUACUACGCUUCCAAGGGCUACCGGGGCUAUUCCUACGACGACAUCCCGGAUUUCGAUGACUGAGCUGCAUUCCAGAUCGCGCUGAUUAGGUCGGCAAUAGGAGCUGUUAGUCACCCCGAGCACCAAAGGGAAGCGCCUGAGGCUGUAAAUGAAGUAGAUAGACCCCUAGAUCUGCUCCCUGGUUUUGUAAAUACUGUCUUGAGGUGUUGCCAGAUUCUCGUUUUGGGGAGGAGUUUGAAACAUGGGAUUGACCAACGGCAUUGUGACGUUAUGUGGGGAGAACACAAGGCUUAUUUUUCCCCUUUGGGUUAUGUCAUGCUGGUUGUUUGCAAAAAGUUCUUCUUGGGCAAGGUAAUUCCAGCCUUUUUCCAAAAAUCGAUGAGCCAGACAGUUUCAGCAACAGAAAUAUUUGUUUUUCUAACUAUUUUCUAGAGUUUCUCAUACUUUUCAAAGAGGUGGUGGCUCUUCUUGGGUUUACUCUCGCAAACAAGCAGCAUAACGAUUCUUUUUUUCUCUCUGGCCAUCAGAAACAUUUCAGUGUACUCCUUGUCUUGUGUUUGCAACUGGAAUAAUGGAAGACAAAUGCACACAAGAGGGAAAACUGCACAUGCAUGAAAUAAUUCACAGGGCAUUUGCUACACGACUCCUCUUGUUAGAAUUUGUUAGAAUUUAGUCAGCCAACACAUUCCUCGAGCAAGCAGCUUUCCCUGCCACUUUGGUUUUGGCAAAACCCAUUUGUCAUCCACUAAAAGGACCGUUGGGUUUUUCAGUAUUAUUUUAAACUGAAUAGACAGGGAGGGGGCAGAAUUGGAAUUCAGAAUCAGGGUUCAAGUGUCUGAAUACCAAAGUCUUGUUUUGGACAAGUGAGGAUAUUGGAGACCCAUGACUUGCAGCUGCCUGUAUGUAUAUUUGGGAUCAUUCUUUCUCCUCUAAACAAUAUGCUGGGCAUAAUUCCCUAGAAAAAUCUGUGUAUAAUUUGUACUGA